GCAUGAUUUUUAUGUUUUCAAUCAAGAUCUACUCAAUCAUCAUGUUAGUAAUCGUAAUGCAUUGAGUCCGUAUUGAGCCUGCAGUAGCUCUCAGGUUACGGAUACAAACAGUAUGACUGAUUGGAAGGUCAUAAUAUCCUAAGAUGGUCUACCUAGGCUUUCCUUCCAACGGGUAUUUGGUAUCUUGACUUGUUCUGUUACGGAUUGCCGAGCCCUUGCUUGCGGAUAGAUAUUUUUUGAUCACAUUUCAUUCUUCCAAGCUUCAGCUGCACAUAAACACACGCCGAGUAUCAAUUUGGUGAUACUGUUGAUUACAAAUCGUACUCAGUGCAUGAUCCGAAGUCGUGAGAAUAAGUAUAUUUAGGGGUGCGAAGCUCAGAUAUCUCGAUUUGCCGAAUUGUUCUGAAUGUUCGUGUUGAUACAAUGGCAGUUCUCCAGUCAUUGUUUAAGUCAUUUUGCUUUCAGGCACUCUUCUCCACUGCUACCACUUCCCAGGCCGUUCCAACCUAUGAUUAUAUCAUAAUUGGCGGCGGUACAGCCGGCCUAACAAUAGCGAGCCGUCUGAGUGAAGAUCCCCAGAAUUCUGUGCUUGUCCUAGAAGCUGGGACUGACCACUCAAGUGACAUUAAUGUACUUGCACCCGGUCUAUAUACCGGCAUGUAUGGCAAUGCCGAGUAUGACUGGAACUACAAAUCUGUCCCACAAAUACACGCAAACAAUCAAGUUAUAGCCCAUCCAAGAGGCAAACAACUUGGAGGUUCUAGUGCUAUAAACUUUCUAUAUUGGACGCAUGCCUCUCAGCAAGAUAUCAAUAGCUGGGGCGAGCUUGGGAACGCGAAUUGGUCGUGGGAAGCCCUAGAUCCAUUUUUCAAGCGCUCUGAGCGAUUCGUUUCACCUUCAUGUGUUAUUGAGCAGGAUCUACAGACUGAAAGUGUCGUUCCAACUAUUCAUGGUGAGAAUGGAACAAUUUUAAACACAUUUCCGGAUAUCUAUGGUCCAAUAGAUGAAGCGUGGCUUAGGACUUUUCAAGCUCUUGGUUUGGAAGUGAAGGGUGAUCCAAGAGAUGGUUUAGCUUUAGGAGGGUACACUAAUCUCUUGAACUUGGACCUGGACGGUAGAAAGAGAAGUUAUGCAGCAACUGCAUAUUAUCUCCCUGCUUCAAAGCGACCGAAUUUGAAAGUUAUCACUGGAGCACUCGUGGAAAAGAUAAUCCUCGAAAAGGGUCAUGAUAUAGAUACAGCAAAUGGAGUGCAAUAUUCAAAUGGAACUAUUGCUCACGCAAAGAAAGAAGUAAUCUUAUCUGCAGGCUCGAUUGGAAGUCCUCAAGUACUUGAGCUAUCAGGCAUCGGAGACUCUAAUAUUCUCAAGAAGCAAGGAAUCGAAGUCCUUGUGGACAACAGAAAUGUGGGCGAGAACUUACAAGAUCAUGUUUACGUCCCCAUCGGCUUCAAAGUCAAUACUGGUAUAACCACCUUGGACAAUUUCACAGACCCUGCAUAUUUCGAUGCUGCAUAUGAAGAAUAUGUUGCCAAUGCUACUGGUCCACUUGCUACCACUGGUGCAAGUUCAGGGCUUUUAUCUUGUCCACAAAUUGGCUGCGGGAACCUGAGACCACCUGCAAACUUUUCAAAUGCCCUCACUCCUGGAUUAAAAGAGCAGUAUGAAUUACAGGCGAAAUAUUUUUGUGGUGAGGCAGUUACACAAGAACUCACUGUAAGUGGUGGAAUGUCCCCUCUCAAGUCCAACGACUCAUCCCAGCUUUUCCUCGCAUCUUCACCUGGCAACUUCCUCAGUCUCCUAGGCGUUCUCGAACACCCAUUUUCCCGCGGCUCCACCCACGUAGCCUCCUCUUCCCCCUCCGUCUACCCAAUACUUGGCCCCAAUUACCUCUCUCACCCCUUCGACCUCACUCUCCUCACCUCCAUCGCGUAUCACCUCCAAUCCCUCGCUUCAGUCUCUCCACUCUCCACCUACCUUCAAGGAAAUGGCACUAUCUACCAGCCUGGUUAUUACCCUCUCAAUGAAACCAACAUUGAAUCGUUCAUCAAAGCAAACCUGCAGUCUGAAUACCACCCCAUUGGUACUUGUUCCAUGCUCCCUUUGGGUAAGGGCGGGGUAGUUGAUGAGAAAUUCAGAGUAUAUGGUGUCCAAGGGUUAAGAGUGAUUGAUGCUAGUGUUUUCCCACUGUUGGUGAGAGGGAAUCUACAGAGUUUAGUAUAUGCGGUUGCAGAGAGGGGAGCAGAGUUUAUUAUAGAGGAUCAAUGAUGAUCAUGGUGCUGUGUUCAGACAUAAGUAGCCAGGGCUAAAUGUUAUCAUUGUUAAAAGCUUAAUGUAGGCUGUUUUGAGUGAUG